AUGGAAUCGAAUGGAACUGCUGAAAUUAAAAAGCCCAACACUCUUGAGUUGAGGCAUUCUAAUAAUACUAUGAUCAACAAGAUUGUUGUACCACAUAAAAAUAUUGAGUCUAAAUCUGGUGUCCAAAACGCAACGUCGUCUAAUGUGGACAAUACCAACAGUUCAAAUAGAUGGUCUGGUAACUCUCGAGAUGGUCACAUGUUUCUUGUUCGGUCUCUUGGUUGGUUGCCUAUGGAAAAUGAAAGUUUGAAACCUGACAUAAGCAGUUCUGCAGUCAAUUCAUGUAUCCGUCUUUUAUCCAACAAUCGAUCGCAAAUCAUGGAUGGUGUUGGUGUAUGGGGUGAGGGGAAAGAUCUUAUGCUCCUUAUUAAUAAUGAUCAUUUAAAAAUAGUAGAUCCACUGGAAAACACAGUUUUGCAAUCCGAACCUAUAAAACAUAUUCGUGUAUGGGGUGUUAGGACGGAUAGCUCCCGAGAUUUUGCAUAUGUUGUCAAGGACCCUUCCACAAAAAUCUAUAAGUGUCACGUUUUUCGUUGUGAUGCACCUGCCCAGUCUAUUGCCAAACAGCUUCAUACAAUUUGUACUUUACUUGUGAAGCACAAAAAAUUAAGUAAAAAUGAAGCUGAGAAUGCUAAUGCUGAUAAAAUUCCAGUUGCAUCAGCAGAAUCCUGCCAAACCUUCUAUUCAAAAUAUAUUGGCGUCACAAAGGUAUCGAAACCUAGUGGUAUUGCUAUUUUAAAAGCGGCAAUACUCGAACUUAUGAAAGAUUUAGAUGGAAAUGGAAUGGAUGUGAAAGUUACAGUCUCACCAUCAGCUUUAUCUGUUACUGAUAAAACAAUACACCUAUUUAAUUGUCGAAUGAGGUGCUAGUUUAUGGGUGUAGGUGAUGAUAUACAAAUUUUUGGCUUUAUUUGUGUAAUGGGUGGUGAAGCUAAUUGUUAUGUCUUGCAAUGUUCACCAAAUGGCAAACUAGCACUUGCUGUACAAGAAGCUUGUAUGUUGAGGUACCAAAGCUAUAGACUCUAAGCCUU